ACACGCCGCCGCCGGACCCGUGUACCCAUUUCAGACAGCCAGAAGCACCACGAAAACGGCGUCUACCGCGCGGCCCGUAGAGAGUACUAUGUCGGUGCGCCGCACGAAUCUCGUGUCGAAAUAGUGCCGAGCGGGUAUACCUAUCUCUGCACACCGUGGCUGCCAUGCCGCGGCUCAGUCUGCUCCGUUGGCGGCAAUUCGCAUUAUUCGCCUACUUGUUUACGACAGUAUCGACGCAAUGGAAUCCAACUUGGAAGGAUUCAAAUCAAACAAAUUUAAAUGAUCCCUAUUCUGGAGAUCAAGAAGUUAGACGAUAUACAGGUGACAAUAGAUAUGCCAUUUCAAACCAGAGAGGCAACUCAACAAAUUGCACACCAAAAUGUUUUGCUGAAAAAGGAAGCCGAGGACCACCGGGUUCAACUGGUUCUCCAGGUCCUCAAGGAAUACAAGGAUAUCAAGGACUUGAAGGUCUUCCAGGUCCAGUGGGUGAUAAAGGAGAUACCGGUCCAAUAGGGGUACGAGGACCAAAAGGAGACAGGGGCAAAACUGGUAUUCCAGGUUUCCCAGGUGUUAGUGGAGUACCAGGACAAAUGGGCCCACAAGGAAUACCGGGUAUCCCUGGUUUAGACGGAUGUAAUGGAACAGAUGGAAAUCCAGGCCUUCCAGGAUUACCAGGAGCUAUUGGACCUCGCGGAUAUCAAGGAAUAACCGGUGAAAAAGGUGUUAAAGGAGAAGCUGCCCAAACAUCGAUACACAACAAAGGUCAAAAGGGAGAGCCUGGUUUGGAUGGAGAUCGAGGACUACCUGGAAAUCCCGGAAUCCAAGGGAUACAAGGUCCUAUCGGACAAACAGGAGAAAUUGGAAUAAAAGGAAAUCAUGGAGUCCCGGGUUUAAAAGGAGAGAAGGGAAAUAUGGGACUUGGAUUUGAAGGUCUUAGAGGAGAAAAAGGUAAUAAAGGAGAACGUGGACCACCAGGACCACCCGUGCCAAACUCAUCACUUGUUGCAAGCAACAAUACAACAGUUGGGCCAACUGGUGAACCUGGCGAAAAAGGAAAUCCAGGUGAAAAUGGCGAACCUGGCAUGAAAGGAGAACCUGGAAUGAUUGGUGAUCCAGGAAACCCGGGUGAUGUUGGUGAAAAGGGAGAAAAAGGCUUAGUUGGAACUCCAGGACCAAGAGGUCGUGAUGGUUACCAUGGACCUGCGGGACCUGCAGGACAAAAAGGUGAUCGAGGAAUUGAUGGCUUGAAUGGAUUACCAGGAAGAGCAGGCCUUAAAGGAGAACCAGGAUUGGAUGGUGCGCCAGGAGCAGCUGGGUUGCGAGGACCUCCAGGGCAACCCGGGGGUGGAAAAGGCAGACCAGGUCUGCCUGGACCUCAAGGACCUCGGGGAUACCCUGGACCGACAGGUCCAAAAGGUUUAGACGGUAUUGACGGCCAACCUGGUCUUCCUGGUCCAAAAGGAAAUAUUGGAGGUCAAGGAGUACCAGGAUCUAUAGGCUUAGAAGGUUUACAAGGAGAAAAAGGAACAAAAGGAGAACCAGGACUUACAGGUUUACCCGGAGAAUCUGGCCCAAGAGGUUUUCCUGGCGCACAAGGCCCACCUGGACCUCGAGGACCUGUCGGUGAAAAGGGUGCUUCCAUUGUAGGACCUAAAGGAUUUGAUGGAGUUGAUGGAAGGGAUGGUGAAAAAGGACUUAAAGGUGAACGUGGUUAUCAGGGUGAACGAGGGUCUCCAGGUGAUUCACCAACUGGCAUUGCUGGACCACCAGGUGUCAAGGGUGCUACUGGGGAGAAAGGUGAUGAUGGCAGACCAGGGAUCCCAGGAAUUCCAGGUCUUGUGGGCCCCAGAGGACAACCGGGCAUUCGUGGAGAAAAAGGAAAUACUGGACCAAUGGGUUUCCUUGGCGAAGUUGGACGUGAUGGAGAAAGAGGAUAUCCAGGAUUAUCUUCACCUAAAGGUGUCAAAGGCGAACCAGGUAUACCUAUUGUUGGACCAAAAGGUUCAGAAGGUCUUCCAGGUGAAAAGGGCGAGAGAGGUCUUCAAGGGCCGUUUGGAAGACCAGGACUGUCUGGUGAACCGGGAACUCCUGGAUCACCUGGUGAAAAAGGAAGUCAAGGUGAACCUGGCUUAGAAGGAUUAACUGGACAGGCUGGAACUAAGGGUGAACCCGGCCCGGUUGGACCAAGUGGACCCCCUGGUAAUGAUGGUCUACCUGGCUUAGACGGUCCAAAAGGUGAAACUGGAUUACCUGGUGAACCAGGUAGACAAGGACUGCAAGGAUUCCCUGGGCCAAAAGGUGAUACUGGACCAACCGGUCCGGAAGGGCCUAAAGGGUUUACAGGAUUCAGAGGAAUGCCAGGAGCAUUUGGAAAACCUGGAAUCGAUGGCAUGCCAGGAGAGAAGGGUGAUAAAGGAGAUACUGGCUUACCUGGGAUCAGUGGACCACCAGGAGAAGAUGGUUUGCCAGGGCCACAAGGAUAUAGAGGUGAAAAAGGUGAUAUAGGUUUCCCCGGGCCCCCAGGUGAAACUGGAUUACGUGGUUUGCCAGGUCCUAUGGGUGACCGAGGUCCCUUAGGAUUACAGGGUUUAAAAGGAGAGCCUGGUCCAGUAUCAGAAAAGGGACAGAAAGGAGAGCCUGGUGAAUCCGGUCUCAGAGGAGCACAAGGACAACCAGGAAUGGAUGGUUUACCUGGAAUGAAAGGAGACAUUGGAUUCCCAGGUAUUGGAUUACAAGGAUGGUCAGGACAAAAGGGAGAACCCGGAACGCCUGCAUAUGACGGACGACCUGGAAAUGAUGGUGAAAAAGGAGUUGCUGGAGUUGCUGGUGUUCCAGGAAUGAAAGGUGACACUGGACCUCGAGGAGUCCCAGGAACACCAGGACCUCCGGGAAUGGAUGCUUUAGAUGGAAUGAAAGGCAAUGCAGGUUACCCAGGAAUUCCUGGACAAGAAGGUGAAAAGGGUGAUAUUGGGUACCCUGGAAUACCAGGUUUAGACGGAGAGAAAGGAGAAAGAGGAUUACCAGGAUUAAUUGGCCCAACUGGAUUAAAAGGAGCCAUGGGCGAUAAAGGUGACCGAGGAUUAACAGGUCCUGCAGUUGAUAUAAAAGGAGAUAAAGGUGAACCAGGGCCUCCAGGUUUUCCAGGAAUACCUGGUUUAAUAGGACCCGUUGGACCGAGUGGGCCACCUGGUAUUGAAGGAGAAAAGGGUGACAUGGGAUUACCAGGUGCAACUGGUUAUCCAGGUCCCUCUGGCCCAAGAGGCGAAAAAGGUAAUGUUGGUCCCCAAGGUUUGCCAGGCAUCCCUGGAACAACAGUCAAAGGAGAAAAGGGAUUACCAGGAUUAUUGGGUAAACAUGGCAGAGAUGGACUACCUGGUUUAUCAGGAGAAAAAGGGGACAAAGGACUACCAGGAUUACCAGGAUUACCUGGUUCCGUAGGACCAUUCGGUUUCCCCGGCUCACCAGGUGAUGUUGGAGCAAUUGGACCACCAGGUUUCCCUGGACCUCCAGGAUCAGAUGGUUUUCCAGGUAUUCCAGGCAAGGAUGGUCCUCCAGGAUUAAUGGGAUUCAAAGGAGAACCAGGAAACCCUGCACCUUUCGGUGAAAAGGGGGAUAAGGGAGAUGUAGGAUUUUCAGGAGAACCAGGUUACCCUGGAUCUAAAGGCGAUAAGGGAGAUAGAGGUUAUCCAGGACUUGAAGGAAUACAAGGUGUACAAGGUUUACCAGGCGACAGAGGAUUGACUGGGGUUCCAGGGAAAAUAGGUAUGCCUGGAAUCUCUGGAAUCAAAGGUGAUAAAGGUGAUCCAGGUUUAGCACCUCCACCUGGAUCUAAAGGAGAACGUGGAUUACCUGGACCUGUUGGUUGGCCGGGUGAAAAGGGAGAUCGAGGUAUUGAUGGCCUUCCUGGUUUAGAAGGAUUAAAAGGAAAUAUUGGUGUUCCUGGUUUGAAUGGUCCAGUUGGUCCUCCUGGUUCGGAAGGUGAAAAGGGUGAACCUGGAGUAGAAGGGCUUCCAGGCUUACAAGGACCACCGGGUCUACGAGGUAACGAUGGACCUCCUGGUAGAUCUUGUGAAUCAGAACCAAAUUAUUCAACAGGCAUUUUGUUGGUAAAACAUAGUCAAAGUUCUUCAAUACCUCAAUGCGAACCAAACCACUCACAACUCUGGGAUGGAUUUAGUUUGUUAUACAUUGAAGGCAAUGAAAAAUCCCAUAAUCAAGAUUUAGGAUUCGCCGGUUCUUGUAUCCGGAAGUUCUCCACCAUGCCAUUUUUGUUCUGUGACUUUAACAACGUAUGCAACUAUGCCAGUAGAAACGACAAGUCGUAUUGGCUCAGCACCAAUGCACCGUUACCGAUGAUGCCAGUCGAAGAAAGCGAUAUUCAAAAAUAUAUUUCUAGAUGUGUCGUAUGCGAAGCUCCUGCCAACGUGAUUGCCGUACACAGUCAGGCGUCAACAAUUCCCGACUGUCCCAAUGGUUGGGAAGGUUUGUGGAUUGGAUACAGUUUUGUGAUGCACACGGCCGCGGGUGCUGAAGGUGGCGGUCAAUCACUAGCCAGUCCAGGUUCGUGUCUGGAAGACUUUAGGGCAACGCCGUUCAUCGAGUGUAAUGGGGCGCGAGGAACGUGCCAUUAUUUUGCCAACACCAUGAGUUUUUGGAUGGCCACCAUCGACCCCGACGAACAGUUCACCAGCCCUAAGAGGCAAACGUUGAAGAAGGACGAUAGCCGCACUCGCAUCAGUAGAUGCCAAGUGUGCAUACGAACAACAUAGAAUAACUAUGUCUUUAAGAUACACGAAACAGAUCAUAGUCAUAUAUUAUUAUAUUUUUAAUUUUUGAUAAUUUCGAUGUAUAAAUUUUUAUUAUUAUUAUUUAUAUUAUUAUCAUUAUUUUUAUUAUUAUAAUUAUUAUUACUAUAUUCAACAGUAGGUAAGCACCUAAAUUGAUUUUGUAUUAUUUCCAAGCAUUCGUUGUGUUCAUUAAUGAUACAUUUUAAUCGAAUUGUGUUCUUUAUAUUUUAAAAAUAAUAUAAAUAUAUAUAUAUAUUAAAUAUAUUCAUAACGUUCGUGACAUAACUUUAUUAGCAUCUUAAAUCUCAGAAUUUUUGAACAAUUUUUAACAAUAUAUUCUAAAUGUUUAAACUAAUCUUAAUAAUGCGUACCUAUAUCUAAAUGAAAUGUAAAAAAUAAAACAGACAAUUACGAAAUUCAUUCAAAUUAAGUCUAUCUAUUGGAAUUUAGAUAAAAUAAUCAAUAUGUAAAAUACAUAAAAAAGAAAAAUAUUUUAUGAACAAUAUUAUCGUUUUUCAUUUAUAUACAAUCUUAUAUUGACGUAUGUAAUACUAGUACGUACAUAUAUAUUAUACGAGAAUAGAAAUAUAUUACUAGAUUAUUUA